AUGGGCCGAGGAUCACCAGUUAGGUAUGAACACUUUGUGCCCAAUGCAGAGAACAUUCCAGAGAAGUGGACUCCUGAGGUCAAACACUUUUGUCCCAAUGUGCCUAUCGUUCUGGUGGGAAACAAGAAAGACCUGCGAAAUGAUGAGCACACACGUCGAGAGUUAGCGAAGAUGAAACAGGAACCAGUGAAGUCAGAUGAGGCAAGGGACAUGGCUAACCGGAUCAAUGCCUUUGGUUACUUGGAGUGCUCGGCCAAGACGAAGGAUGGUGUUAGGGAGGUGUUUGAAAUGGCCACCAGGGCAGCACUUCAGGCAAAGAGACGAGGCAAGAAAAGCGGCUGCUGCCUUUUAUAGUGUCAGGUAACGCAGGAUCAGGAGGGAAAUAAACAUCCAAGAAAAAUAUCCCUGAACCUGUUUUCUCCAAGGCGGGCACAGUUGACUGGGGAGUAGUAGGGAUGAAAUAGGAAGGUCUCGAGUUUAGGAUUCCAUAAACCUGAAAUUAAGAGAACAUGACGAUAAGGGAACAUCUCUCCUACUCAUACUCUUACUCCACUACACUAAUCAGACUUAUACCUGCCUAACGAGCUGUUGGAAGACUUCCAUGGCUUGCAGUGUGACUCUGCUUGUCUUUCAUUCUGUAUGUUUUUCACUCUCCUUAAUUUCCAAAGUUAGAACUUUAUAUGAACCCGCUUUUCUUUUCUUUGAACCUGUACUUCACACUAUUUCCAAUUCAAAUACAGAGUUUGAUU